AUGGCUAUCAAAGGUUUUCGCGAACGUGUUAUAAGUUCUUGUGGAAUUUCAUUUUGUCUCGCAGUUGCAACAACUAUUUAUCUUUGCCUUACCCAUCUAGAUUAUACAGAAUUUAAUCUUCUUAAUUAUAGCGCCUGCUACUAUUUUCUUAUGAAAGCAUUUGCGUGCGAAGUUGAAAUGAUUGACAAGUGGAUUAAAUCACCUUACCUUAAAAUUGAGUUAUUUACUGACUAUGAAAAUCGUUAUUUAUCGAGCAUUCAAUUAUCAAAAAGACAAUAUACUUUAACUUUUGCUGAGGCAAUUUAUAGACUAGCUUCUGAAGAAUUUUUUAUAUUUAAAAAUUUAGCGGAUGAUAAUAUACAAAGUACCACUAUUGUAAGUGAAGAGUAA